AAAAUAAAAGUAUAAACAGAUAUCAUCAGAAGAAGGUCGUCGUUACUUCUAAGGUUUUGUCGCCGACGACAGAGAUGGCACUGUCUUCAUCGACUUUCCAAAUUCCGUUAUUCAAACACCAAUUCUUCGAAACGUCUCAAAAUCUGAGAACACUUAAUUUACCGACGACGGAAAUUCCCAGAAGGUCGUCAUUUCACACGGCGCGAAGCAAAUCCUGUUCUCCUCCGCUCCGGACCAUUAGCUGCGUCGCCGGAGACGAUGGAACCAGAGAAGCAUCUUCUCUUCCUACUCCGAUCUCUUCGGUAUUCGUGAAGGGGUUUUCGGAUUCAGUGAGUGAAGGGCGUUUGAAGAAAGUCUUCUCCGAGUUUGGACAAGUUACCAAUGUAAAAAUCAUCAUAAACGAAAGGACUCGGCAGUCUCUAGGAUAUGGAUAUGUCUGGUUCAACAGAAAAGAGGACGCACAGUUGGCUGUCGAAGCCAUGAACGGAAAGUUCUUUGAUGGCAGGUUCAUUCUUGUUAAAUUUGGUCAGCCUGGAUUGUCACGUCGCCGGAGACCACAUUCCGGUUUCCUUUUGUAAAUAAAUGAUCUUAACAUUUAUUCCCUCUGUUCCUAAUUAAUCCAAGCUUAUAUUGUUUUGCAAAUCAAAUUAGAUAUACAGUAUGUGUUAAUGUUUUUAAGUUUAAAACUUUUUAAUUUUGUUUAUAAUAUAAUUUCGGAAAGAAA